CGUGCACUACACAGAGAAAAUCAACACACGCAGGGCAGAGACACAUACUUAUAUAACUGUUAUUCACCGAAAUCAAAGCAUAUCCUCCAUCUUUUACACAAAAAGAUAAUCAUCAAAUAAUAAUUAAGAGAGAAUAUGAAGAAGAUGAUGGUGAUGAUGGUGAUGAUGGUGGUGAGUGAAGCGAGUAUAAUAGAGAAGACAUGCAAAGAGACACCAGACUUCAAUCUCUGCGUGUCUCUCCUCCAUUCCGAUCCACGUGGCUCCUCUGCCGACACCUCUGGUCUCGCUCUCAUCCUCGUCGACAAAAUCAAGGGGUUGGCGACAAAGACUUUGAACGAGAUCAACAAUCUGUAUAAAAAGAGACCGGAAUUGAAAUAUGCUUUGGAUGAAUGUAGUAAAAGAUACAAAACGAUUUUAAAGGCUGAUGUUCCCGAAGCCAUUGAAGCUAUCUCUAAAGGAGUUCCGAAAUUUGGCGAAGACGGUGUGAUUGAUGCUGGUGUCGAAGCUUCUGUAUGUGAAGAACGGUUUGAAGGGAAAUCUCCAUUGACUAGUUUGACCAACUCAAUGCAAAAAAUCUCUAAUGUGACUAAGGCUAUAGUGAGAAUGUUGCUUUGAUUUUUAUCUUAUGUUAAUACAAGCAUGUGUUAUCAGUGUUUGAUGGGAUUUUAUCCUUCAUUAUAUAAAUAGUUAAAAACUAAAGAAUCUCAUAUUUAAGUGUGUUGUUAAAUCUGCUAGAUAAAAGAAAUUUGAUGUAAUAUCUUUAUAAUUGUUUAUUUUCAAUAAGAAAUUUAUAUAUAGUCGUUGCUAACAAUUGUAUA